CAAUAGAGGAAUGAUCAGCCGACUGUACACAAACACCUCUUCAGUGUAACUGGUUGUGGAGGAGAUUAUUCCUGGUUGAACAUGUUUAAUAAAAUUAUCAAGAAGUUAAAGAAAAGGAAGACACUGAAAAAGGAUGACAAAAGUCCAAUACUAAGGAUUGAACAUGCCUUAUCUGCAGAUGGAGAUGGUGAGACAGGGGAUGUGGUGUUUAUGAAUCCCCAUGCACAGAACAUUUUGAAUGCCCAGCAGGCACUGAGCACCAAUGGAAGUCUAGAGAAAGUGCUGGGACAUUGUCCUGAAGUCAUUCCAGGACAAUCUGAAAUGACCGUGGAUAGCAUUAUUGAAGCUUUUGCAGUCAAGCAUUUUUCCAAGGUACCAAAAGAGGGGGAUUUGCAGCUCUCCAUCCACCUGAAGGAUGUCCAGGAUGCCAUCAUUUGCGAUCUUUUGAAACUGGUUACGCUGCCGAAAGAAGUUUGGUUUCUGGAGAGUCGUAUAGAGUGCUAUCAUCAGCGUAUCUUUAAACAUUUAAAUCAGAUCCUCCUUCACAUCAGGACUACAGAACAGGCUUUCACCCUGCUUGACUGGGUGGUACAUUCAUACAGUAGUCAAGAGUUCAAAGGGCAUCCUAACCUCAAGGAUGAAGCUCUACAAAAACAGGACCUUAUGCUCCUGAGCAAUUAUCUAACACAUGCCACGGAAAAGGUCCUGCCCAUUAUUCAGGAGGAGAUUUCCACUUCACUUACUAGGAUCCUUCAGAAUGAGGAGUGUUCGAGAGAUAUUGAGAGUUAUUCAGGAAACGAGGAGGCAUUUGUCGCACUGUAUGUGGAUGCUAUCCAGUGUAUUGAUGCUGUGAGGAAAACAGCUUUGAAGAUCUCGUCAAAUUUUAAAACCAAGGUCGAGGAAGUCUGUUUCCACGAGCUGCACAACUUUAUUAAAAUGUACACAUCUGCUGAAAAGAAAUAUCACCAAAAACAGACCCAAACAGACAAAACCAUCUUGCAUUCCUUCAAGACUUUCAACCACUGUGUAGAACUCAGACAAUACGUUCAAACAACUGGCAAGAAUAUCAACAAACGUCUCUAUACUGAAAUAAUUUCAGCACUUGAGAGUAUGGAGGCUUCUGCUUUGAAAGUGAUUCUCAGAACACUAAUGCACCGAACAGAGAUCUCCUUCAAAACAUAUUUCAAAAAAGGUGGACACAUGGAGAACAUUACUACUGAUAUUAAAGAACUGCUCGACCCCAUUCCAAACAACUGGAAGACUCAAGAGACAGUAGUGAACAAAGCCUAUGAGAGCAUCUUGACUUUGUACCUGAAAUGUCUGGUGCAGAGUAACCGUGCUCAUGUGAUGAAGGCAUGGCCUGAUGUUGGUAAAAGAGUCACUCAGGAUGCUCAACUUCUUGACGACAUGUUCCAAGGCCUGAACCCAAAGGUGGAACGCAAGAACCUCAUUCUGCGGAACGUGGGAGAGAUUCUCGAAUGCAGUUCAAUCGAUACUGUUAAACUGAUAACCGCAAACACACUCAAGGAAUGCCCCAUAGCGAGUUUGGAUCUUAUUAAAGCCUUGCUGCGGUGGUGUGCUUGUUGUUUCAGUGUGGAUCUCAUUAAAGCCUUGCUGCGAUGGCGUGGGAUCAGUGGCAAACAGCUUUGAGAAGUGAUAGCUGUUUGCCAGGAAGUCACGGAGACUUAUACCAAGCCUGGACGCUGGUACUUCUGCUGUCUAUGAAGCUGAUUGAGGAUGGCUCAUGAAGUACAUCACACAAAACACACACACACAUAUUGGUGACACACACACAUUGGUGAGACACACAUUGGUGUUUGUGUUUACAAGGAUAAAACACUAUUCUACAGAAUUCCUCUUUUGGUUAUGAUUUGACGUUUUUGUUCGGUUACUUACAGUAUGUUAGCAUGUUCGAA